AUGGAUAAUUACACCAGUGAUGAAGACACAGAUGAUGAGUUUGACACCCAGCUCAUCAUUCAACAGAGUUUACAGGAUAUUCACAAGCCAGAAACUACACAGCAGUCACCUGAAGAUGAGAGCUUUUUGAUUGCAGACUGUAAGAGGAUAGUUGAAACCAUAGAGACAGGUAAGGAAGAUGUAUUGUCAGGGUUGACCAAGUACCAUUCUGCUUUUGAUGAAGCAGAUGAGAUAGGCUGGCUUCCUCUACAUAAGGCUGCAGUGCAAUUAAAUAAGAACAUUUUGGAAAUAACCCUGAAAGCUUCAAAACCCAGUGUGUGGGAGCAAACCACCCACAAUGGUGAAACACCACUUUUUUUGGCUGUCAGCAAUUGCCUCUUAGAAAAUAUCUGUUUUCUUCUUCUCAAUGGCUGCAAUCCAAAUGCCAAGAAUGUCGAAGGCAAUUCUCCUCUUCUUACAGCUGUUCUACAGGACUCCUACAAUAUGGCCGCCUUGCUGAUCAGCCAUGGAGCAGAUGUCAAUCUGCGGUGUGCCAACGAGAGGACAGCUCUCCACGAAGCAGCCAGACUGGGCAGACGGGACAUAGUGAAGCUCCUGCUGGUUUCUGGGGCACACCCUGACCCAAAGAGCUCCUACGGAUUCACUCCUCUUGCUCUUGCUGCCCAAAGUGGACACACUAAAAUCAUGGAACUAUUACUGCAGAAAGGAGCUAAUGCUCUUGGUCAGGCCUCUGAUUCUUCUUCCAUCUUACUUGAAGCAGCUAGUGGAGGAAAUCCAGACUCUGUGACUCUCUUGCUAGAGUAUGGAGCUGAUGCCAACAUCCCUAAGAAUUCAGGCCACCUGCCCAUUCAUGUGGCAGCUGACAGAGGCCACUUGUUAGCUCUGAAGAUUUUGGUUCCAGUUACGGAUUUUGCUGCCAUUAAGCAGAGUGGCAUCAGUCCAGUUCACUGUGCAGCAGCAGGAGCACACCCCAAAUGCCUGGAACUUCUCAUCCAGGCUGGAUUUGAUGUGAAUUUCAUGCUAGAUCAGAGAAUUCGCAAACACUAUGAUGACCACAGGAAGUCAGCUUUGUAUUUUGCUGUAUCAAAUGGUGACCUCUCUUCAGUUAAGCUGCUUCUGAGUGCUGGAGCUCUGCCUAAUCAAGACCCAGUUAACUGCCUCCAGAUAGCCCUAAGGAUGGGCAACUAUGAGCUGAUAAGCCUGCUGCUACGGCAUGGGGCCAACGUUAAUUACUUCUGCAAAGUCAACCCUUUACAUUUCCCAUCAGCACUUCAAUACACGCUGAAAGAUGAAGUCAUGCUCAGGAUGCUGUUGAAUUAUGGGUAUGACACAGAGCGAUGCUUUGAUUGUCCUCAUGGAGACAAAGUUCAUCCUUUCUAUACUUUUGAAGGCUGGACAUCUACAGUUAUCAAAGAUACUAUGUUCUGCGAAGUAAUAACUUUGUCAUGGCUGCAACAUCUCUCUGGAAGGGUUGUUCGAGUGAUACUUGAUUAUGUUGAUCAAGUUAGGAUCUGUUCAAAGUUGACAGCUGUGCUCCAAAAACAGAGGCUCUGGUCAGAAAUCCAUUUUAUCUUGACAAACCCUCGCUCCCUGAAACAUUUGUGCCGCCUCAAGAUCCGGAAGUGUAUGGGACGUUUACAUUUGCGCUGCCCCGUCUUCAUGUCAUUUCUUCCGUUACCCAAUCGUCUAAAGGCAUAUGUCCUUUACAAAGAAUAUGACCUUUAUGAACAAGGAAUUUUCACGGGAACCUGGUAA